UUCAACUGCAACCAAACAACAACUUUUGACAUUAAUUAUUGGUGAGCUAUUGCCGUGAGGAACUUUGUCUCCUUUAAACACACGCAACUUGCUUUACUAAUUUGGGUGAAGGCUCUUCUUUCAGCGCAAACUUUGCAUUUCCAGCUUCUGUAAUUGAGGCCGCCAUUGAUGGGGAAUCCUCAUGUCGCCAUUUUCCCGCUGAGCGGAGCAAUGGGGCAUUUGCUCCCAUUAGUUCAGUUUGUAAAACAGCUGUGCAGUCUUCAUGGCUUCUCCAUAACUCUCAUCAUCAGCAAGUGGCGGUGGACUUCUCAGCAACCCGCAGUGCUUCAACUAUUGGCAUCUUCUGGUCUAGAUAUCCGCUUUAAAGAGAUUCCUGACGUGACAGUGGAUGAAGACGAGGCAGACAUGAAAAUUGAAACUCUCAUAUCAAAGUUCGUGCUGAAAGCGAAGCCACACAUUGAAGAUGCUCUCCAAUCCUUGCAUUCGUCUUCGCCCAUCUCUGCCUUCGUUACAGAUUUCUUCUGUACUGACCUGCUCAACGUUGGUGCCAAGCUGAACUUGCCAACUUAUUUAUUCUUUUCGGCCUCGGCUUCUCUUCUUUCUUUUAUGAUGCACCUCCCAACACUCGUCUCAGAGAUUGAGGUGUCGUUUAAAGACGCCGAUUUUGAUGUCGAGGUUCCGGGGCUCCCGCCGAUUCCAGCCAGAGAUCUGCCUACUCCCAUUCAAGACAGGUCGAAGUCCGCCUUUAAAUGGUUUGUCUACCAUUCCUCCCGCUUCAAGGAAGCAUCAGGGAUUCUCAUUAACACCUUUGCUGAGCUUGAGGAGGAAGCCAUCAAAGCCUUCAGCACGCCUGCAACGCCUCCCAUCUAUCCAAUAGGUCCCUUGUUGCUCCCAGAAUCUGAUACCCCUGAUGAGUCCAGCUGCCUCAAAUGGUUGGAUGAGCAGCCUCCCUCGUCUGUUCUGUUUGUGUCCUUUGGAAGCGCAGGCGUUUUGUCGAGGGAGCAAAUUACAGAUCUGGCAAUUGGGCUCGAAGCCAGUGGGCACCGGUUCCUGUGGGUGUUGCGUGGGUACAAAUCUGGGGACUCUUCUUCUCUGGAAACUGACAUUUCUCAGCUUUUACCAGAGGGUUUUGAGAGUCGAACCUGGGACCGUGGGCUGGUGCUUCUCAAUUGGGCCCCUCAAGUACCGAUUCUUUCUCAUCCCUGUACCGGAGGCUUCCUUUCUCAUUGUGGAUGGAAUUCUACGUUGGAGAGCGUCUGUCAUGGAGUCCCAAUGAUCACUUGGCCUCUGUUUGCUGAACAGGCGAUGAACAAGGUCAUACUGGUGAAGCAGAUUAAGGUAGCCAUAGAUUUGAAGAUGGACCAGAAGGGAUUUGUGAAGAGAGAAGAAGUUGAGAGAGCGGUGAGGAAAUUGAUGGAAGGAGAAGAGGGAAGAAUGGCGAGGAAGAAAAUGAAGGAAUUGAAGGAGAAGGCUAAGAUGGCAGUCAUGGAAGGAGGGAGUACGAUCAAGGCCACAGCCCGUGUAGCCGCAGAUUUAUCAGCAUCAACUAUAAAUGUUAUGUAAUGAUAUAUAUUUCAAUUAGAUUUACUAUAAUUUAUGUAAUACUCCUCGAACCUCUCCCUAGUACCAGAUCGACUGAACUGUUGACGGAUUUUGUUUGAGAGUUAAUUCAGUCGUUGGAUUUUGUUUUAGAGUUAAUCGCUUCUAUGGUAUCAGUGAGCACCAUGUAUCUGAAACCAUUAUUAAUAAAAUCAUCAAACCUAUGCUCAAAUGAUGCAUGGUAUUUUAAA